AUGGCAUUUGUAGUGGCCGCUUCAACUCAAGCGAUCUUGACCGCGCGUGUUUGUCUACUGUCGACAAAAAGUCAGUGCGACGGCGCAUCCGCGGACAGUGUCCGGCAGUAGGCGGAGCGUCGCUUCGACUGCACCUUUACCUGUCAUCGAGCCGAUUUCUUCCUACCAAGCGGACUUCCUCUUCGAAGAAAUUCCGACCGUUCUUCAUGCUGUCAUGUCGCCGGCGGCACUAAUAGCCUUACUUCUGCCAUCGGUUCUGCGCGGCCAGGCUGACUUCUUCGAACCAGUCUGUCAAGUCAGACCACCCCAGUGCCAGCUUCUCUGUCCUCACGGGUACCUUCGAGAUUCUGGCAAAACGUGCAUUUGUGCGUGUGCGAUUGAUCCCUGUCAGGUAUGUUCAACAUGAUAGCUUCACAGUUUUUUUAGCCAGUCGUAAAUACGUUAUUCAUUUUUUAAAACCCUCGAAAACUUAUAUUUCAAUGUUAGAAAAUAAGAAAGUUUGAAAAAUUUACUUCCUUAUCAGUAAUCUUUCGAAAUCAUAAGCUUAGCAUGUGUCUGGGAGUUGAGAAAAAUUUAUAUGGUCUGAUAGUUUUCAGACCACAUUAUGCUCAGCGACAGAGAUGUGUGUAGCGAUAGGAAUCAGACCGAAAUGUGUCCCGCGGAUUGGUGAGUCAAACAGCAGCAAGUUCCGAAACCGAUUUCGUAUCAUGAAGAUCUCGUUUUUGCAAAGAUUUAUAAAGAAAAAAAGUAGUAAUAAAAACAAGCGGUACUCGGUGUGUACACGCGUAGCCAAAACAGGUCACGGGUAAUUGGUGCGGCAACAGUGCCCGGGGGCAAUUAUCUGCGGUCGCAAAGAAAGUCCAACAGCUUCAGGAGCGAGUCGCCCUGAAUGUCCACGACUCACCGGCGGCGUCUGCGCCCCUCAGAUGCGAAGGCGACCACGAUUGCAAAGGUGAGCAAUCCCGAAGAGAUGAAAUAAGGCGCAGACUUCAAAAAAAGCUUUAGAAAAAUUUUUGUGGUUUUUUUGGGUUCGAAGUUCAGAUUGCCAUUGUAUAAAGUUGUCCACGCAUGCUGAACUUGACAUAACUCUUCCUGUUGACUCCAUGAUUUUUAGACUUAAAACGGUUAUAAAAAAACAUCUGAAAUUAUCAAGAUAAUCGAUAAGUUAGCGAAAAAAAGUGUUGAAUUAUAACUGAUUCCUUUCCAGGAAGGCUAGUAUGCUGCUCCAAUGGCUGCGGAAGAGAAUGCGUGACCCCGCUGACUCAAAGUUUUUGCAAUAAAAAGCAGAAAAGCCGAUCCAGCCAGUCAUUGGUAGGGACCUCUUUCUAAUAAGGGAUCUUAUGAUGCCCUUCAGGCUCUUUUUCACCGCCUUCUCAACGCUGUGACUCAGUUUGCGGGAAGCAAGUUGGCCACCAUGACGCCUGUUUCAGGCGGAAAUCCGUCCCAUUUUGGUUUCUAUCGAAAAAUCUGACCGGUGGAACUGUUAAUUUUGAGGUCCAACUGCUAUUGAGCCAGUCGGAAGAACAGUGAAAAAUUGGAGCCCUGUCCGCCGCCAACGGGAGAUGGGGCCUGCAAAGGUUUUUUUCUGUUCAAAAUUAGAAAAACAUUAAUUUGAAAAAACAAAAACUUGCUCUUAGAAGUAAAAAGAACACGUUUUAUUACAAACUUCUUUUUCCAAAUUCCCUCGUUCAAAUAUUUUUUUGAAAACCAAAAAAAGAUUCUGACUUCCCUAAGAUUCUUCAUAAGUAUAUUAGCUUCUUUUUUUUUGCUCUGUCCAGCUCUGAAGUCAUCUUGGAAAAAACCAAAUGACUGAAGAAAAAACAGAGGCAGCUUGGGGAAGUUUAAAGAUAAAUAAUGAAUGACUUCCAUUUAAAAAUGUUUCAUUUUCAAUUUUUGAAGAACAAUCAAAGUGUUCGAAUGAUUUCGAUUGCCCAAAUUUCGACAAAUGUUGCGUCAACGAGUGCGGAGCCACUUGUGCAGCGCCCAUCAAAUCCACCUGUGAGCUUCGAUCUUUUUGUAAGACCCGAAGCUUGGAAUUCAGCUUGUGUCCAUUUGGCGAUCGCUGUCAUGCGACUGCCAACGUCAAAACUCCUCAACGACUUCGUUCCAGCAUGCGAGCCCAACGGAAGGGUUUUCCAUCAUUUCUCUUGUUUUGAGUGACGAUUUUUGUUGAGUUCUCUUCGGUGCAGUGCGACAGUCGCUGGUGCUGGUGUGUCGACGUCCACUACGGGGCUGAAAUCGCCGGGUCUCGUGUGGAAAAGGCUCAGAGAAAAAGAGAAAUGUGUACAGGUGGGUAGACAAAUUCGUUGCUGUUCUGAAAAUGAGUGUCAAGAAAAUAUGUAAAACUCUAGUAAAAUUUCAAUUUGAGAAUUUUUAGCUUUCUGUGGAAGACUCGAGUUUUUCGAAAAAAAAGGCAAACAAUAAUUUUAAACUGUUCAUAUUUUUUUCUCUGCUGAUUUUUCAUUCAGAAUAGUGUAGACGAGCUAUUAAUGUAGAAGAUGGUUGACUUCGAAUCCGGAGAUUCCAAGCUCUGAAGAAGCCUUGAAAGAAAGAGCCAGUUUUAUUAAAUACAUGAGUAAACCUUGAGCCUCAGAAAAUCGACUGUGCGCUCAAAAAUGCUCGAACGAGUGCUCCCACGGCCACGUGAUGGACGUUUUCGGCUGUCCCCACGUCAGUUGUGCGUGUGUCGACAUCUGCGCUCGCGUCCGGUCAGUCAGAAAAACUCUUUGAACAACUCUUUUUCUCUGUAGUUUCGACUGUUAUCUUCUCUUUUUUCAAGAUGCGACAGUCCAUCUUACACUUGCCAGCUGAUAGAGCCCGACUGCGCCAAUCCGCCUUGUCUUCCUGUCCCGCGAUGUAAAUUUCAUCUAUUUCAUCUAUCAAAUGGAUCAUUUUUUUCUGUUGAUGCCCAGAUUGAAAAAAAUAAGUAAAUUUAUGUGCUUGACUAUAGAAUUUUUUUCAGGAAAAAUAAUUUUUCAAGCAAUUAAUUUUUUUGAAGCUGUAUGAAAUGAUUUAUUCCAAGGAAAAAGAACAAGAGUGAUAAAUUACGUUUUUUUAGUCAAAAAGCUGAAACUGUGUAAAAAAAAAAUCUGGUUUUCAAAAAAAAGGAAAGGAAAAAAGUGAAAAAAAACUAAUAUGUGUUUUCAUUCUUUUUCAAAAAGCUGGAAGGGUUUUUUCGAGAGUCAUUAUGAAGUUGCUUUUUGAUUGGACACGUCUGACAACUUCUCAACUGGUUUUGAAAUAAUCCAACUUUUGUUCUCAGGCCUGCUGAACCCUUGCGAGUCCGGAUCGCCGCUAGUCCUUCCCAAUGGAAUCACGGCGCUGUGUUCGGCUAACAAAGACUGCGGGGCCGACUUUGGAUGUUUCAAAGUCUCCAAAUUCAAUUUAUUUGAAGAACAGUUUUUUUCAGAUCGGAUAUAACGGACUCGGAUUCUGCUGCCGUGGAGAGCAUGCUACGAAGGAUGGAAGAUGUCCUUCCAAGUCUGUCAAAAAAGUUGCCGCCACGUGUUUUUCUUCUUGUAAAAAUGACCAAGACUGUCCUCAAGGUUCAGUUUUCAACUAAUUUUUUUUUAAAUUUUUUGAAGUUGCUGGUACCAAUUCUAACCGUGCAAUAUUUCAGAACUGAAGUGCUGCUUCGAUGGCUGUGCCCUCGCCUGCGUGGCGCCUGAAUUCUUCUCUCUGAAAAAAGCGAAUCUUCUGAAGACGUCGGCGGUGGCUCACUACCAGCCAGGCGUCGUCGAACGCUACAACAAGAACCAUCUGAGCUCCCUGGUGGCCGAUUGCGCCGACGCCGUCGCCGAGAACGGCACCUGCAGCUCUCAAUGUCAGGCCGACAGCGACUGCCACGGAAUGAAAAGGUGUCGGAAGACUUGGAUCGACCUACAGUUAUGCUCUGCCUGAGCAAGUCCCAAACUAGAGGGUUUCGAAGAUGGGGAAAAUGUUUUUGAAAAUUAAGAUUUCCAGAAGGAAAAAAAUUGAAAUUUUUCCCUGUAAUAAAAAGGAUUUAAUAAAUAUCUGCUCUAAUUAGUUAGCAUUAUUAAAUUAAUAUCGCGGAAGUUAAUGGAACAAGGUUUUGUAUUUUGCAGAUGUUGCCGGAACGGAUGCUCCACUUCUUGCCAAUAUCCCGUACGAAGCACUCGUCAGUUUGACUUCCCCAUUCUUCCAAUGUGGCCAUUACCUCAGAAAAAGACACGACAUUAAGAAAAUUUUCGAAUUUUUUCAGCGUGUUUCCAUGCCGCCUUGACAGCUGAACUUUACGCGCUAAGACUUUUGAAGAAGUGCGAUCGAGCUGGCAACUUCGAGCAGUUCCAGGCGAGUCUGAAACACGUUCAAACACGGAUCGAGAUUUCAGUGCGACUACGACGGCUGUUUCUGCGUGGACAUCGGCACUGGCGAGGAAGUGAGCGGUUCGCGGGUCUCGACUGGAAAAACCCAACUGCAGCGGUUCACCUUUUUGCCAGAAUUUUUCGCCACAGGAAGCAGUUUCAGCCCCGAGUACGUGUAAGCCACUCGUGUGUCCGACGAACUGCCCUUUCGGAUUCGAAAAGGACCAGAGCCAUUGUCCGACCUGUCGGUGCCGCAAUCCUUGUGAAGAGGUUGGGAUCUACCCUUUCAAAAAAAGGCGGACGAAAGGAUGACUAGAAACAUGUGCUCGGGAGUUUGGAUGAGAAACCAAAAAAUUCCAACUUUUUUUUCUUAGUUUUUUUUAUUUCUAGUUCACCAGUUUAGCGGAAACAAGAUGUUUGUACGUUAUGAGGUACAAUUUUUUUGCUACAUCAAAUAUUUUUUUAGCCGAUUAUUAGUCAUUUUUUUCGAACCAAACGCUGAAUGACUUUUUUCUAAAUGAGCGGCGUCGAGCUGAAAUUUUUAUUAUUUAUCAUAAAACCUUUGGUAAGGAUAUCGUUUUAGGUGAAAUGUCCGCAAGGAAGCGUCUGCACGAUGAGCAAAGUGCUUUGUUAUCAACGAGAUAAUUGUCCUUUCCAGCCGAGAUGUGAGUACAUUAAAACCAAAAAAAGAGUCCGGAAAUUCCUCUUGCCAGGUCUUCUAAACUUUUGUCCCAGCGGCGAUCCCUCAUGUCUCCAACAUAGGGCUGGUUGAGUCUUGCAAUGAAGAGUCCGACUGUCCUUCCGCGACGCAUUGGUGUCAUCAGGUCAGUACUUGUUUGGUCGAAACGUUUUUCUAGAAUGCAAAAAAAGAUUGUGAGUUCGACUUUUUUUCAUUUGACUGGAGAUUCGGACAAACCUGUUGUUCAAUUCAUUACUUUUUGAGAUUCAAACAACUUCAGAUUGGAGCUCCUGCAGGAGGCGUUUGCUGUCCGAUUCCAAGAAGAUCGCGAAACUUCGGCAGCUGUGCCGUCGUUCCGAUUUCUCUCAACUCGGACAAGAUGUGCAGGUUUUGUGGAUCCCUUGAAAAGAGGAGAAAAUAAUGUUCUUCAGAGUCAACUGUCGCGUUGACGACGACUGCCACAUGCAUCAGAAGUGCUGUUUCGAUGGCUGUGGAGCUUCCUGCCAAGGUAGUCCGACGUUCAGACUUUCUCACGAGAAAAUGGCUUCAGAUGUGCAGCAGCCGCCGAUUUCGGAGCUCACUGAGGACAUUGAGAAAAGUGGAGUCUGUAUUUCUUCGUCGAGAGUCCUUUGUGAGCGCGACGAGUGAGUCUAUUUUCAGGAUAACGGGAUUUUUUGAAAAUAGUGAAGAGGAACUGGAAAAACACCGUAUUCAAACUUUCCAUCUUGUCUUUUUCAAAAUUUUCUUAUUACGAAACGCGUUUUAUUUAUUUUUUGAUCUGAUGAAAUUUCUUAUUGAAGAAUUGAUUGAAAAAAAAAACUAAUGUGCUGCCAAAUUUCAAGUCUAAAACUUUUUUUAAAACUUGCUCGAAAAAUCUUGAGGGUAAUAUUUUUUGCAGGUGAAAGAAAUAUAAAACCUAACACGAAUGGGAAAUUUUCUAAGAAAAAAGUUCAACUUUCGUGCUCAUUUCUCUUGUUCAUUUAUCAUCCGUACCGUCAAAUUUUUUUCAGACAGGACCAGUGUAAAAUCGAUUCGGACUGCUCUGGCGUGCAGAAAUGCUGCGACGACGGCUGCAAGAAGACGUGCGCCUAUCCGAUGCAAACCAGCAAAUGUAUGAUGCGCAAGACAAAUCUCCAGAAGCUCGGUCAACUCGACGUCAUCAAAUGUCAUCCAGGUGACUGAAAUGACGACGUCAUCGAGUGAAAUUGAGAUACAGACGGUUCUUUCGAGGAGAUUCAGUGUGACAACGAGUUUUGCUGGUGCGUCGACGAUGAAGGCAACUAUAUCGAGGGAACCAAGAGCAGUGAUGACGUCACUCCCACCUGUCCAGGUAUCUUCAGAGACCGGGUUCUCAACUCUUCAGGGUUCUUGAAAAUGCAUAAAUAUGUCUUUAUAUUAACAUUUUUUUCACUUUUUCAACUUCUGAUUUCCGUUUUCUUUGUGGAAAGGCCUAUAACGUCAGGUUUUUUUAUCAGCCUGGCGUUAUAGGACUUUCCGAAAAAUCAAGAUUUGAGCGAUAAAAAUAAUUUUUCUAGUAUAAAACAGAAAAACUAUACUGCGCUUAACAGAGCCGUGCAAGAAGCUGUCUUGUCCCGAUCUGAAAUGUGUGUACGGUAGAAGGAAAGAGAACGACUGCGAGACUUGCGACUGUCUGGAUCCUUGCGAAGUCAGCACACAUUUAUUCCAUUCUCCCAGUCCUCCUCUUCAGAACAUCAGCUGUCCAGACGACUCGAUUUGCGUGCCUACUUCAGUUUCUUGUAUCAAGGAACCGUGUCCAACGGUAGAAGAAUGGCUUCUCCUUUCGAAUUCCCGCUUUUAUUCAGGUGCCAAGAUGUGUGAUCAACCCUUGUCCAAACUCCGAUGUCCUUCUUAACAUAACUUCUCGGACGCCUCUCCGCUGCAAGCAUCGCAAACAAUGUGCAAAUGGACUGAUGUCGACUCACUGCGCCAUGCUCACGGCUGACUCAGGAUUUUGCUGUUCGGGCGAAGGUUCGAGGCUUCUUCCGAAGGUUUAUCUCUGAUUUGCAGAGCCGCGUCUUCAUCCGGGAUCUUGUCCAAAUGCCGAAUUGUCACUGGGAGAAAAAUGCACCCGUGAAUGCUCCUCGGACAAUGACUGCGAGAACUCGUCGAAGUGUUGCUGGAACGGCUGCGGACUUGGCUGCGUGCCGGCUUCUUUCGACGCUGCUCCAGUUCAGCUGCACCUCGGAGAGUGUCUCGUGAUUCCUCAUCUGCGGAAUCAUUGCCUUCAUCGGUAUAACACUUUCUCUAACAGAAUCGUUUGAAUAUUAAUAUUAAUUGGUGAAUAGAGAGUUUCUCUGAACAAGACUCAUGUUUCAAAAACCUACUAAAGAUUGUUUUUCUUGAAGUAAUUUGAAAAUAACGGGAAAUUUGCUAAAAUUUUCAAUUAAUCAAUUUCGAUUUUAUGGACGGAACCGAAUUUGGAUGAAAUAGCUGGAAAUCGCAUUUUAGACCGACAGUUGAAGAGUGCAAGAAAGACGAAGACUGCCCCUCACUGCUGAAAUGCUGCUUUGACGGCUGUGUUAAAAGAUGCUCCCAUCCUCACAAGACGACAAAUUGUGAGCCCUACCGAGAAUACUCCUCAGAAUUCUCUUUCUAGGUGUCCAUCAACGACUGUCCGCUCUACAAAUAGCAGAAACUAACGAGGAGACAUUUGUUGUGGAAUGCGGAGCUGGAGGAGAGUUCGACGAGAUUCAGACUCACUUCGGAUUGAUGUGGUGUGUCGACGAGCGAGGCUUUGAAAUUCCGGGUAGCCUUUCCUUGGUCUUGAAACUGAAUAAACUGAUUAGCUUUCAGGAACGAAAUCGACUCGAGUGCCCGACUGCCAGAAACCGCGUCCGUGUCCUCUGAGGACCUGUUCCAAGAAGUGUCCUUAUGGGUAGAGCCUCCGAGAGAAGACAUUCCAUAGCUGCCGAUUCAGGUUGAAGAGCGACAACGAGGGCUGCUCCGUGUGCGACUGCGUCAAGCCCUGCGAAUUCGUCGCGUGUCCGGCCGGAACUCUGUGUCGCCUGGUCUCAGUCGCGUGCUUCGAAAAAGAUUGCCAGCCAGUCGCUCGAUGUUUCCAACUUCUAAAUAUUCUCUUUAAUGGAGAUCUCAAAGGUGUUCCCAAUAUGUGCUCAACCGGCGAACCUCUCAAGAUAAACGACGAGGAGUUGGCCACGUGCACUUCGAAGUCUCCUUGUCCUGCCGGAUUCCACUGCAAGAACUCUGGAUACUUGGGGCUGUCUAUCUGCUGUCCAGUUUAUGGUGUGUCUUUUUUUCGGAAUUCCUCACUAAUUCUCUUAGAUUUGCAACUGACUCAAUGUGCUGCCCUGCCGUUGACCCUCACGUCUGUCGAUGCUGCUCCUUGCGUGGUAAGAAAAAAAGUCAACCAAAAAAAGUGGAUUUUUGGGUCUCAAACUAUGACUCAGAGAGUAAUUUCCGUAAAGUUAAAAAUUCAUUUAGUCGCGAUGAUUUUUUUUGUGAAAAAAGCCGAAGAAAAAAAUGGUGUGAGUAUGCCGUAAAAUAGGUUCUUUUUUACAUUAUGAAGUUCCAUGAAUGUGAGGAUUAUAUGGGCACAUCGGUUGUUGAGGUGGGAUGUCGUCAGCCAAAUGAUUGUCCCAAAUCGACAUGUUGUUUCAAUGGCUGCGGUACCAGUUGCCAGUACGAGUCGCGUAAGUUUUCUGUUCUUCCCGACGAAAAAGCUUCUUUUUCCUUCUAGAAGAGUCUCCCGCCGUCCGAGGGUUUCCUCAAAAACCUGUUGUUCAUACGUUUUCCAAGAAGUUUCCUUUCUCGCAGAUCAAGGUUUAAAAAAUGAAUACCUGGUUUCCAAGAAGAGUUUAGCCAAUAAAGUCGAUAUCCGUUGCGCAGCCCACGCCUCCGCGACCCCAGAUUUCUCUGGUCGCAACGACAUCGACACCGGUUGGCGUGACUGUAAUCAACCCUAUCGGUCUGUGGAAGAAUUCCGAAAGAAAAACCUCGAUAUCUAGGCAUCCUGUCAGCUGUCCAGAAACUGGGAACUUGCAAAAAGGUGCUGCUAAAUCCUGGCUGCGGCGAACAAUGUGUGAUGGACGCAGACUGUCCGGGUUAUUGGAAGUGCUGCCGUGCGACCUGCGGGAACGUCUGCUCGCCUCCCGAAGUGUUUCCGUUCUUUUUUCUAACCUCAGAAUUUCUUGAAGAUUGCCACGGCUUGCAUUCAUCGUCUUUUGGCAUUCAACGAGAAACUCGCCGCCGAAAAACUCGAAUCUACCUGCGCCAGUACAGUGCUCCGCAGACGGACUUUUUCAGAGAGCACCAAUGCGAUAUCAACUCCAAGUACGUCGCCUAACCGAAAAAGUUUGAUUUAUCCAUUGCUACAGACAGUGUUGGUGUGUCAACACGCUCGAUGGCACAGAAAUACCAGGAACUCGGAUUUACAACCACGUCUCACUUCCGGACUGCUCUGGUUUGAUAUUCCUGGCCUAUCUCCGACUCUUCUCAUUUUUUUCCAGCCCCAAAGAUUUGCUCCACGCGCUGCGACUCCUCAAAGUGUCCUUUCGGCGUGAGACUCGACACCAACGGAUGUCCGAUGAAUGGCGCCUGCGAAUGUGCCAACUUGUGUAGUGUAAGAACUAUAUCAGGAAGAGAAACCGAAUGGAGUUUCAAGACGUUCGAUUGUCCUGUUGCCAUGGAGUGCGUACUGAUGCCCGUCCGUUGCACCACGCACCCCUUGUCCUGAUGUUCCUCAAUGUGAGUCGGUUUUUGGAUUCAUGGGUCUUGGUUCUGUCUCAGGCAUCGAAUCUCUCUGCGCGACACCUCAACGCGACUCCUACCGCAACGCCGUCGGAUGCACGGCGGACGGAGGCUGCGGAAGAGGCGCCAAGUGUGUCACUUCUCCGCUCCGAGCCGAGGUCUUCUUUCCUUUUUUCAUCGUCGCUCUUUCUUUUCCGUACAAAAGCAGAACAGUAAAGUUUUAGAACUGUACAGCAGAAAGAAUAUUGGCAGAUAGCUAUUUUGAAUUGUGAUGCAUUUUCAGAGCGGCAUUUGUUGUCUGCAAAAGCUUCCUGCCUUGCCAUCUGUCGAAGUUCCCAUCCCUUCGACUGUGUUGCCUACCGUAGCCUUGCCUCCUUCAAUCACAAACAGCCUUCCUUUUCCAAACAAGAUGACGGUCAUCGAAGCAACUCCGAUCAGUGUCAUGAAGGCUACAAGUUAGACCUUGCAUUUAUCCGUCCCGGAUUUAGUUUUCUAGACUGUACCACAAUGCAAUCGGCUUUGGUUCUUCUGAAAAAGAACGGGGCGAUUGUUAGAGGAUACACUCCUCUCUGCGACGUUUCAACUGGAGAUUACAACACAACGCAAUGUGACGGGAGCAAGUGCUGGUGCGUGAACGCUCUGAACGGCGAGGAAAUCUUCGGCACGAGAAGCUCAUCGCGAAACCCUUGCAAUGGUUGGUCACACCCCUCAGCGAAGACUUGUGGGUUGCAGCCAGAACGACGUGCGUCUCGAAAUGCUCCGGAUCCAUGUGUCCCUACGGGUUGGUCCUCGAUAGAAAUGGCUGUCCUCGAGCCGAGUGUCUGUGCAAAUCGCCGUGCGAAGACGUCGACUGCGUCACCGGCGAGGUCUUCACUCAAAAAAUCAGCUCUCACACGUAUUCGCUAUUCGAGCAAUCUGACCUGUCCGCGUUUCUUUUCUCUCGUCGGCGUGCUCAUAGCGAUCCGAAUAAAAAUCACCUACACGAGAGUAUUUUGAGAAAAAAAGAGAGCGUAGACAAAUCUUACUGUAUCAAUGUUUGGCCUGUGUAGAUACUUUCGUUACCGACAAAAAGAAAAUUCUUACAAAGUUGUUAAUUUUUCUCUUCCUCACUUUGGGAAAUCGGAAUGAGAUCACUAACUAGAUUUGAUUUUUACGCAGAUUUAUUUUCUGGUCUUUGAAAAUGUCAGGAGGGACUAUGGAAAAAAGACAAUACCUCUCAAAUUUUAAGUGACGACUCCUUGUAAGCUGCUCACCUCUGUAUCAAAAGAAAGUCUUACACAAUUAUUUUUCGAAGUAUACGUAUAGUUAUGAUUUUUUAUAGCUACUCGAAAACACAUUUUUCAACAUUUGGGAUCAUAUUUUUAUUCUCAGAUCUCCUGGGCAAACUUUAAUACCGAAAAAAAUUACGGUAAAAGAAAAACUCAGUGCUUCUAGUUUUUAUUCAGAGGUGAAUUUUGUGAAUUUUUGAACGAACGCUAGGAACGAAAAAAACAAGUAAAUAUUGCCAUUAGUUGUAUAUUUUUUUAGGUUUGUAUUUUUACGACGUGCGGAUUGCCCUUCUCGAUGGUGUCUUCCCGUUCCAAACUGUAAGCGUGACUUCCAGGCUUGAACUAGUUUUGGUGGCAGGCGAGCGUUCGCCGUGCAACUCAGGACUGCGGCCUCUGGUAGAGUCUCGGACGCGACAACAGUUUUUCCUGCACGGACAACUCGAUCUGUCCGGCAGGCUAUUACUGCACGGCCUACGACGAGAAUAUGCACGGCGUCUGCUGUCCCGCCAGAGGCUUGUAUCAACUCCCUCACGAGAUAGAAUGGCAACAUUUCAGAGCCAAUCUUGAGUGUCGGAAAGAAGGAGCAGUUGUGUCCCCAUGGCGAUCCGUUCGCCGCGUCUUCCGAUGGAACUCCCACCGCCUGCACAGCGCUCAGCAAUGGGUUCGUCGCGCUUUCUCUUGGAGACGUGUUGCUGCUAUCAAGUUGAGCUUAGAAUCGGGAUCAACCAAGCCGAUUGGACCGUAUUCACAGUCGGCACAUGUCAAAUACUAAAAGUUCCGAACUGCAGAAAGUCUCGAUUAAGAGGAAAUCUCACCUUAAUACCGUCUACAGAGUUCGUGAAACCGACGUUUUCAAAGUGAAACAUGUCCACAACGCACCAAAACCCUUGAACGGCUUCCUAAACCCAAAAAGUCGAUCGAUGAUGAAUAUUUUUAAAAAAAGAAUCAUCUCAUUACAGUUUUGUUACAAUAACUUUUUCAAAUUAAAUACGAUAAAAAGUAAAAAGAUUCAAAGCGUCCGAUAUUGGAUUUAAAAAAUUUUUGAUGAAAACUCAUGCCUUGUUCACAGUGAUUGCACGAAAUGAAAAAUAGCAGACAGAAAGUGUGAACAUAAUGCUUCUGGAAAAAAAUUAGCAGUCUUCAGGAAGUAGGAGACUGCAACUUGGCCAUCAUUUAUUCUCGAAUUCACGAUUGAAAAGCGAAUGAUCAGACAAAAAGCCCGAGUGUCCAGAAAAACUUUUCGAAUCCGAGCUUUCAGAAUCAGACCUAAUGAAGUAAGCGAGUUCUGGAGAGAGGAUAUAGUGACAAAGCUGAAGAAAAAAGUGUUAAACUAUUUUUGAGGGUGUUUCGAAGUUUUUCAACAGGAAACAUGGUGUUCUCAAACAAAAAUGACCGCGUAUAGUCCAUUUGAAUGACGAGGCGUCAAAACGCAAAGGCCUUCCAAAGAAAAAGUAACUACGCUUUUACUAUCGGGUUGGUAGGGAGCUGAUUAGAUUUUUUGGAAAGCCGAAGACUUGUUUUACCGGGAAAAAAAGUUUCUGAUUUCAAAUCAAAGUUUCUUCGAAGAUUUGAUUUUUCGAAUCUCAAGAGAAAAAUCUUCAUUUUCACGAUUUUUGGUUUUUGGCUCUCAAAUCCGGUCUUACUUGAGCAAAUGAGCUCUUCUUUCGGAGAAAAGUUACUGCGUAGUUAUUUAAAAUCUGUGCAAAGUUUCAAGUCAUUUGAGCCACUUUCUCUCUGUUUGACCAAUCGGUAGAUAGAUUUCUCCCCUUCCUUGGUGUUCAGGUCGUCGUAAAUCUUCUCUAGGUGUUCGUUUUUGGCUCGGGCCACGGUUAUCUUCGCUUCGUGUUUGGCGCGGCGGUACUUCUGCCAAUUUGUCGCGGAUUUCGCAGCGAGAAAGGCGUGGUAUGCACUUUUCUUCUGUUUGACCUUCUGUUGUACUUCCUCGGUCCAUAGCCACGAGCACAAUCACACAUUUGCCCCAGUUGAACUAGACACACGCGACGCAACACGCAAACGCGUUGGGCUAGAGUGGAAGGCAAAGACGCGUGACCAGAGACGCAGAGGAAGGAGAGAGUCAUGUCCAAGCCUUCUUUUUGUUGCAGGGCACGGGAUGCUCUCCUUCUUUCCUUUUAUUUUCUUUCACAUUUUAGCCUUAAAUUUAUGCUAACUGUAAAAUAACUCCAGACAUUUCAGAUGUUAAUCCCUCGUUCGAUUGGUGUUUUGGUGCGAGCCACUUCAAAAGUGCUCCAGUCUGUUCGAACAAAUUCUGAAAAAAAGCCAUCGAAGUUCAAUGAUCUCAACUCACUCUGCUCGCAAGAGGUGAGUUUUUAUGCUUUAUGCUCUAUUUAAAACUGUUUUCCUUUUUUCUAAAUUAAUUUAGCAUUUUAGAGCACUUCAUCUGAUGGUUCAUUGCUUGCCGUUCCUUACAAGGACUUCGAUGUCCUGAUUUCCGACAUCGACGAAAAGGAAUUGGAUGAAGUAGGGUGUAUUUUUAAUAUUUUAAUCUAAUAUCCAUUUUCUCAGAUUGGAGCUGCUAACCACAUUGAAAAUUUGUCAAUUGGAUCCUUUUCUUCCACGCCUUUCCCAGUCUUGGGACGAGUCCACGGGAGAAACCUGCGUUUGAUGGCUCCUUUAGUAUGUCAAAACGUUGGUAAGUAUAAUGAUUGAACUAUUUCUUGAACCUAUAAUAUUAUACUAUACGUUAUAACAAUGAAAAAUUACAGAAGCAGGCAAUUCAAAAAUCUACAAUGUCUGGUUUCUUGUGGACUGCGGCUCGCCUUAUACCUGUUUGACUGUAAAGUCGCUCGAAAAACUCGUUGGUCAUGGAUUCAGCCACCACCUUCACAACAUUGCUAUACAGGUUUCUUUUUAUUUUAUAUUCACUAAUGAUUAAGUUAAAAUGUUCAGGAUCCAGAAAGAUACAUUGAAUGUCACAUUUCGAAAGCUCACUUCGCGAACGUCAACAUCUUGGGGAUGGACGCAAUACAACAAUUGGAAUUGUCAAUUGAUUUCAACUGGAAAGUUUCAAAAAACACGUUUUAUCUGGUUAGAAAGUGAUUUUCUUAUUGUAAUAGCUGAAUAUCUUUUAUUUAAAUUGUGCUUUUUAUGGAAUAAAAAAUCCUGUGAGUACCUUUACCUUCAGAAGAAUCCAGAUUAUCAUUCCAAAUUCAUAUGAAAAAAAUGCUUACGGUUUUAGUCCUCAAGAAAUGAUAAAAUAAUUUUUUGGAAAUCCGUGGAUUCCAAAAGAGCGAAGAGGUAUCUGAAUUUCGGAGAGUCAGAGAUAAAUUCCAUUUCCGCGAAGUUACUUUGAACAAGGCAUCAAUUUUGUUUUCUGAAUCGUUCGUUCAAGCUAGUAAGAAGUUAUCGUGCAUUUUUUUAAAGGCCAGAUCUUCUUCUAAAUCGCUUCCAUAUAAACGUGCAUCGUCGUUUAAAAAUUAUCUUUGUCGUUAAAAGAGAAUAAUCUUGAUAACUUAAAAUUUUUUCAACAAAUAUCCUAUGAACUUGCUUGCUUGCGCUUCAUUGCGUUAUAUCUUGGACAUUUUACUAUGAAAAAAGCACAAAAUGUGUGAUGUUACCGAAGUUAUAAAUUUAUAGCCUGUUUUGACACCUGAUGGUCAAGAAAUCGGAUCGAGCAUCCGGUGAAGAAAAGUGUUGCGCAAAAAUCGACAAGCUUUACACGGAAGUUCUUCAUUUAGUCACCUCGUAAGUUCUAUCUGACUAUAUUUAUAUGAAGAUCAAAACUUUCAUCAAAUUUUUCUUCAGUGUCGAGAAAGGAAGUGGUUCGGAGCUGACGACUCGUCUCAGAAACGUGGAAGCUGGCGUCGAAGCCUUGAAGGAGCACAUUCGAAGUAUUCCAAACACUAACGUCAACGAAAAUCGUCAGCGAGAGCAAAUCGCGUCGUUAUACAGGUUCUUUUUUUAGUUUUCAGAGAGUUUUUUUGAAAGAAUUGUACAGAUUUGACUUUCAGACAAAUAAAGCAGAAAGAUGAGCUCCUCAAGUCCCUUGCCAGCAGCGACACCUUUGCAAUCCCCGAAGGUAGUUUUUUUGUUUCCGCCAUUUGUUAGAAUGUUCGGAAAGUCCUAAACAUUUUUUUGCCAAAAAAAUAAAUUUUUGCGGCCAUAUUGUUAGGAAAUUUCCAAAAAAACUUGAAAUGGAGGUUAUUUUUAGGAGAUGCAGAAAGUUCCAAGAGCGAAUGAAUCAACGUUGGUCUGUAGUCAAUGCUCGUCAGUCGUGAUGCUCCCCAAAGCCGCGAAAGAAUGGCUCGAAGAGUCGCGCGACCUUCCACUGGCUCGUCAGCAAAAAGGGAUAGCUACUCAAGUCGUACGUUCAUUUUUUUUUAAUGGUUGAAAAACAUAUUCAAAUUAAAUAUACACUAAAGUUCCAAAAUUAUAUCUCUUUUAACGAAGUAAAUUGUCAGAUGAAAAAAAUUUCGAAAUUUUAGAGGAAAGUCAGUUUUUAUGUUGAAAAAACGAUGAAAUUUUUUCGAAGUUAUAUCUUGACGGAAUCUUUGUGAAACUUCACUACUAAGCUUUUAACAGAUGCCGUGUUCAAAGUGAUUUUUCGCAAAAUUCAGAAUUGUCUGACUCUCCAAAAUUUAGUUGUCUUUUUCACUUUCUGUCUGCUAUUUUUCAUUUCGUGCAAUCACUGUGAACAAGGCAUGAGUUUUCAUCAAAAAUUUUUUAAAUCCAAUAUCGGACGCUUUGAAUCUUUUUACUUUUUAUCGUAUUUAAUUUGAAAAGUUAUUGUAACAAAACUGUAAUGAGAUGAUUCUUUUUUUAAAAUAUUCAUCAUCGAUCGACUUUUUGGGUUUAGGAAGCCGUUCAAGGGUUUUUGGUGCGUUGUGGACAUGUUUCACUUUGAAAACGUCGAUUUCACGAACUCUGUAGACGGUAUUAAGGUGAGAUUUCCUCUUAAUCGAGACUUUCUGCAGUUCGGAACUUUUAGUAUUUGACAUGUGCCGACUGUGAAUACGGUCCAAUCGGCUUGGUUGAUCCCGAUUCUAAGCUCAACUUGAUAGCAGCAACACGUCUCGCGGAAAGAUGA